AGCAGAAGUCAAUUCCGGGAAGAAGCGAAGCAGAGCAGGGAGCACAUCGCGGAGAGCGAUUUUGUCGCGUGAGCAGAGCGGUGUCCGACUCCAAGACAGUCAGAGGAGAGACGUAACAUUGGAAUUAUCACAGAGCAGCAACCCCCAUUCAUUCACACUGGGCUCUUCUCAAAUCCGCGGCGGCUUUUCCAACUGCUCUAUCGUGAGUCUCGUCCGGUUGAGUUGGUUAUUUUGUUAAUGUCAGUUCCUUCGAUUUAAAACAAUCAUAGUAUUGUUCAGUAUUUUGAUUAUUCUAUGCGUGUGUGCAGCAAGUUUACCAAACCUUCAAACUUGCUCCUAAUGGUUCAGAAGUAAAGCACGUGACGUUACCUGGGACUGAGUGCACCUGUCCUGGUAUAAAGUCAAGUAACCGUGUUAGGACCAUUUAUACAGAGGACGGAGUAGAUUGGAUCAUGUAUUUUAUGUUGACCAAUAUGCGCUUUCAUAACUGACAUCGAAAUGUGGGGAAGUUCUCUGCCAAUGGACACAAGCCGAACACAGCGGAGCCCAACCCUGCUCCUGGAUGGGUGAGGUCCCUGCCAACCCAGUCGGUCAGUGAACCCCCCCUCCCCCAUCGCCUCCCGACCAGGACCCCCUGGGUCACCCAGAGGAGCAGCAGGGAUGUACCAGGAGGUGGCCUUCCUAGCGGGCAGCACGGAGAAAGAGUUCACGCCCUUCCACUUCCCCAUUGAGAACCAGCAGGAGGUGGUAACUAAGAAGGGUGUGUUCUUCAAGCGGCAACGGCUGCUGCGGAGGCCCAAUGAGGAGCAGGAGGAGAACGACCUAUCAGCCGUCAUCAACGUGGGCGGGAUCAGGUACCGUAUCCCCUGGUCCGUUCUGGAGGAGUUCCCUCUGACGCGGCUGGGCCGGCUGAGGGGCUGCAGCUCAUUGGACGAGAUCAUGGAGGUGUGUGAUGACUACGACGACGGGUGCCAGGAGUACUUCUUUGACCGCAGCCCAUCUGCGUUCCGCACCAUCGUGACGUUCCUAGCGGCAGGGCGGCUGCGGCUGCUGAGGGAGAUGUGUGCCCUGUCCUUCCAGGAGGAGCUGGUCUACUGGGGCGUGGAGGACACCAGGCUGGAGUGGUGCUGCCUCCGAAAGCUACGCAUCAGGCAGGAGGAGCUCAAGGAGCAGCUGAGGAUGGAGGAGGCAGAGCUCAACACAACCCUGACCCCCCAGAGUUGUGAGGAUGUGCAGGGGCACGCCGGGGAGGGAGGGGGGGAGGAGGAGGAGGAGAGCCGCAUGGCGGGGUGUAUGCGCAGGCUGCACGACAUGGUGGAGAACCCUCAAUCUGGACUACCUGGAAAGAUCUUUGCCUUCUUGUCGGUGGUGUUUGUGGCCAUAACUGCAGUAACGCUCUGCAUCAGUACCAUGCCCGACCUCCGGGAGGAGGAGGAGAGGGGUGAGUGUUCUCAGAGGUGCUACAAUAUCUUUGUCCUGGAGACUGUGUGUGUGGCCUGGUUCUCUCUGGAGUUCCUGCUGCGCUUCAUCCAGACGCCGAGUAAGUGUGUGUUCCUGAAGACGCCCCUCAACAUCAUCGACGUGGUGGCCAUCCUCCCCUAUUACAUCACUGUGAUAGUAGACUCUCUGUCUGAGGGAGGGGAGAAGCCCAGUGGCGGGAACAACUACCUGGAGAAGGUGGGCCUAGUGCUGCGGGUACUCCGGGCCUUGAGGAUCUUCUACGUGAUGCGUCUGGCGCGCCAUUCCCUGGGGCUGCAGACCUUAGGCCUGACGGUCCGACGCUGCACCCGCGAGUUCGGCCUGCUCCUCCUGUUCCUGUGUGUUGCCAUGGCACUGUUCUCCCCGCUGGUGUUCCUGGCGGAGAGCGAGAUGGGCGCCAAGUACGACUUCACCAGCAUCCCCGGCACCUACUGGUGGGCGGUGAUCUCCAUGACAACGGUGGGGUACGGGGACAUGGUGCCGCGUAGCAUCCCGGGUCAGGUGGUGGCGCUCAGCAGCAUCCUCAGUGGGAUCCUCCUCAUGGCGUUCCCCGUCACCUCCAUCUUCCACACGUUCUCUCGGUCCUACCUGGAGCUGAAGGAGGAGCAGAACAGAACACUGAGACAGAAACCAGACUUCCAGGACUCCAGCAAGUCUCAGAACAGCGAGGACUCGGCCGAGACGGACAGUUAACAUGUCAUCACUGAAGUCGCCACCUCUGCUUUACGCUGGAAGUCCAUCGCCCUUGCGUCACAGAGGAGGGCCAUGCAGACUCGAGACUGAGCGUGUGUGCAACGUGAGAGCCUGUGGGUGUGCAGUGCACUGUGGGACACUCGUACUAAAGCUGGAGGAUCUAAACAGGGAUGUGACGUUUUUUUCAAGCUUAAGAAGAAAAGGAGCUCCAACAUUUUGUGAGCCUCCAUAGCUCUGUCCAUCAGAGUGUGUUCAAGAGUUUCUAAGAUUUUAUAAGACAGCUGCAUAAGUCUUUUUGCUGACAUUACUGGUGUAGAGCUGAUCACAUUAUAAAAUCACAAGUUCUCUGUGGUCAAAGGACAUUUCACCCAGGAGUAUAGAAGCCCUACAACACAGGAGUAUAGCCCUACAGCACAGCAUGGGGAGAAAUCUUCUCUCUCACAAAUAUUCAGUGUGAUAAAGCUAUUAUUUUAAGGGAAAAAAACACUAAAAAUAUAAUUUUGGUAUAUAUUUAGGAUAAGAAAUAUUGCAACAAGAUAUAAGUGCAAUAAGAAAUAUUAUUUGACUAUAAACAACACAUUUACAUAUUUCAGAAUGCUUAGUUUGCGUCUAUAUACUCAGGAUCUGCAUAUUUUAAUAAAUGUAAGAAAACCAUGACCUCGGCUGAUGCAAUGUAUGAUUCUACACUUUAUUAAAUUAAUUUGAUCCCAUGAUUCUGUCUGGAGGUUUUCCUCCAAUUUCACAUCUCCUCUGAAUAAUAAUGGCCUUGGCUCCAGACAUGUUGGACAAAAUUGAAUUUCAGAAUGUGGAGGGGACAAUUUCAGAAUGUGGAGGGGACAUGUCCCCCCGUCCCCAGUGACAGUUGCGCCCCUGCAUCUAACAAGCGUCUAACAAUUAUUGACAAAUAAUUGUAUGGCUUAGAUCAUGGAAACCCAUGGGAAUCAAUAUGGACUGAACAGACUGACUAAAGGGAUUAGAAACAAAUGAAAACACAAUCUUGAUCAGAUCUAGAGAAUCGUGUGUUAAGUAGAUAUAGAUAAAUAUACCUUUUUUGAGAAAGGGCAUGGGCAAGGUUAGAGCCUGUGACCUCUGGUCCCUAUCCCAGUGCCUAGUCCACUGUGCUAGUAGGGGUGAGGGAAUCACCAUUGUUAUUUCCACAUACAUAAAGCUGUUAAAUCAUUCAUUUGGAAUGUCAGUAGAUGACAAAUGUGAUUAGUUAAAGGGCAGCUGAACUCAAUGAUUCCGCAUGUUUUUCUGCUGCUCAUUAAAAAAAGAUGAAUGAGGGUGUGUUAUGUUCGCUAUAUCGUACCCGCAGUUAUAUUGUUUUGUCCCUCUUGAGUCCCGGGAGAAACCUUUCGACCUCAAAAUAGUCUGAAUAGGAUAAUUCAAGAAAUCUGUAAUUUGGCCAUUUUUGCAGAGGUCUUUGUCGCUCAAUUUUACAUCUAGCUAAGGUGUUUGAUGCAUUCUCUACUGCAGACAGUAGAAUCAGCUGAUGCUGCGCUCACUACUGAUUUCUAAGAACAUGUCUACAACUUCAUCAGCAAGCUGUCAAAAUAUCGUAAAUAAAGCAAAGCUACAUGCUGUUUAUCAGUGCCCUAAAUUACUUCUUAGCUAGCUAAGUUCCAUCUCUGUGUUUGUCAAUGUAGCUAGCUAGCAGGCACAUUUAGCAGGCAGGUCACGUUGGCUAAAUCAGCUUAACAAGUCACUGGCAAGUGGCAAAGUACUUUGGUGCCACUUAGUUUUUACAACUUUCUCACUAUGUAUUACCGGAGUGAGUCCGUCUGGCAGUGUUUCAUAGCGAAUCAUGUUACGAAAAAGGUCACGGCGGUACACGAUUUUUUUUAUUUUAUAUUAUCUAGUGACAGUUGGGAUGGAAGUGUGCAUUGUCUCAAUUCUCAUUUUUCCCUCAAUUCUCAGUUUAAUUAAAAUAAUACAUUGACGAUGUGUUGUCUUAUGUAAACAAGACCGAGGCGCAGCGUAAUGUGGACAGUUCUGUUUCACUGGCUGUAGGUUUUGCCAUAUGAUUGAAUAGAGCGCAAUCAGCACAGCUGAUUGAUAGUUUGAGUUAGUGUUCCCACUCAGCCAUAUCUCCAUGUUACAGCGCUUGUUUACGGAAAAACAGACAGAAGACGAGGCGACGACCUGUGCUAAUUAGCUACCUAGCAUGCUCUGAACACCUGUGUGUAUGCUUAACUCGGCAAAUGUAGCGGAGUGGAGCUAAGAACAUAACAGCUUUCCUAUAUCUCUCAAAUAUCCGUUUUGGUAGAUGCUGACCAGAAUUAUGCUAUUUACACUUAGUAGUACAUCUUUACACUUUAAUCAAUGUUUCUGACUAAUAUCGAUGUAACAGGCCAUUUUCAACCAGAUAAAUCAGUUGUUGAGUUCAGCUGCCCUUUAAUAUGUUUAGGAGGUUUGGAAAACGAAAGGUACAUUGGGAUUCGAACUGGCGACCUUCUGUGUUUAAUCAAAAGUGCAUUUAAAGUUUGAUAUGAUUUAGUCCUAUUCUGUAAUUUAGAUUUUUGGUUGAGAUGGAGACGUGAAUACAAUUUAUUAAUUUAUUAAUUAACUGGAAUUAAAGCCAGACUAAGUCAGUGGCACAGAUGGAACUAUCCAAGCAGAAGAUACAUCUCCUUCAAAUGGUGAUAAAUAGCCAAUUAACUUGUCAACAAAUUAUAUGUUGAUUCAUAUCUCCAACUCAACCAAAAAUAAAUGGGAUUAAGCCAGUGGCUCAUGCGGAACUAUCAUAGCAGUAGAUACAGAUGUAGGAUCUUAAUUUGAACCAGUUUGCUACAGCAGGAAUAUUAUAAUCCUGUAGCAACAGGAAUGGAUUUAUGUGAUUACAAUUAAUGGAAAUGUUUGUAAGGGUUUAUACAAUUUCUUAAGAGAAAAUCAAAUCCUAGAUUAAAAUAAUAAUAAUAAUAAUAAUAAUAAUAAUAAUAAUGAGAUCAAGCGUUAACAGACAAUAGACACCGGCAUAGCAGAUGCUUUGGUGAUGGAAAUGCAUUGGAGCUGUCAAAUUGGUGAGCAGCUGUCCUUGCAAUCAUUGUGACAAGAGUCGACGAGUUGCGCGUUCCGUGGUGCUGUUCUGCUCCGCUAUUUGCAGCUUGCCUGUUAGCUUGCAUGAUUCUCACCAUUCUCCUUCGACCUCUCAUCAAUGAGCUGUUUAUGCCCAAAGGACUGCAGCUAACUGGAUGUUUUGUUUGUCGCACCAUUCUCGGUAAACCCUAAACACUCUCGUGUGUGGAAAAGCCCAGGAGACCGACAUUUUCUGAGAUACUGGAACCAGUGCGCCUGGCACCGUCGAUCAUAGCACGCUCAAAGUCGCUUAGGUCACUCAUUUUGCCCAUUCUGUUAAAUCUAACAGUUACUGAAUGCCUGUCUGCCUGCCUUAUAUAGCAAACCAUGGCCACGUGACUCACUGACUGUAGGAGCAAACCAUUGUUGUGAACGGGGUGGUGUACUUAAUUCAAUUGGCACUCGAGUGCAUUUAUCCUGUCUUGAAUGAAAAGGUCAUUUUGCAAUCUCCCAAAAUAAAUGCAAUCUAUGACAAGAGACAGACACUACACUUGUCCAUUCCGACUCCCGACUUGGAUGACCAUUCAAAAAAUGUUUCCCCAAUCUGAAAUGUCUAAAUGGAAAUUAAACUUCAGAAGCCUUUUUAAGUCUCAAAUACACUACAGGUUUAAAAUGUCCUGCAACAAGGUGAUCAAAUUAAGAUCCAACAUCUGUAAGUCAUCACAGGUCUGUGGAGAGCUUCACAAUUGCGGUAAUAAUCUGUGCAGAAUCUCAAAUGGCAUUGAUCACUUGCACCAUGUACUUUUAAUGUAAUCUCAACUGCAAUCCAGUUCAUUUGGUUCUGCUAUUAGAUGAAGCACAGUGACAUCACAUUAAUAUGCUGUAUAAAUAAACAAAAUAUCACAUUGUA